AUGCUGAUCCUCUCGUGGCUAUUACAAAAACCUUUCGCUGAUAUCCGUCCACAUAGUGCAUAUCCUGGCGAAGCAGAAAUUCUUUUUAUGCUUGGUUCUAUUUUUCGUCUGAAAAGUAUUGAAUGCAGUAGUGAUAGUCAUGUAUGGAUUAUCGGAAUGACGUUAUGUAGUGAUAAUAAACAUGAAUUAAAGCACGUUCUUAUGGAUAUGAAACAAAAACUUGGAAGUGGAGAAACAGGUCUUCGAACGUUAGGAAGACUACUGUCGACGAUGAGUAAAUUUGAUUUGGCUGAGAAAUAUUUUAUUCGCUUAACAGAACAACUCUCACUCUAUGACUCUUUACUUGAUGAUUUAUAUGAAGAUCUUGGCAAAGUCGCAGCACAAGCCGGUAACUUUGACAAGGGUAUGGAAUGGCGUAAGAAAGCUAUUGUAGUGAAAAAGCAAAGACUAUUAGCUGGUAAGCAACCCUUUUAUUCAGUUUACUAA